AUGCCCGACACCAUGCUGCCCGUCUGCUUCCUCGGCCUGCUGGCCUUCACCUCGGCUUGCUACUUCCAGAACUGCCCACGGGGUGGCAAGAGGGCCAUGUCUGACAUGGAGCUGAGACAGUGCCUGCCCUGCGGCCCCGGGGGCAAGGGCCGCUGCUUCGGGCCCAGCAUCUGCUGCGGGGACGAGCUGGGCUGCUUCGUGGGCACGGCCGAGGCGCUGCGCUGCCAGGAGGAGAGCUACCUGCCGUCGCCCUGCCAGUCGGGCCAGAAGCCGUGCGGGAGCGGCGGCCGCUGCGCAGCCGCGGGCCUCUGCUGCAGCGACGAGAGCUGCGUGACGGACCCCGAGUGCCGCGAGGGUUUCCGCCGCCGCGCCCGCGCCAGCGACCGCAGCAACGCCACGCAGCUGGACGGCCCGGCCGGGGCGCUGCUACUGCGGCUGGUGCAGCUGGCUGGGGCGGCCGAGCCCGCCGAGCCCCCCAAGCCCGGGGCCUACUGA